GGGAGUCGGCCUCGUUUGCUGGGGGGUGAGGACGGGAGAGUCGCAGACCCGGGUCCGCACUUCGACGGCCUGAACCAGUGAGCGAUAAGGCUCUCUUACAAGGCUCCGGUUGAGUCACCCGUAGUUAACUUAUCGCCAGCUGCUCUUCUCCAGGGCAGGCUGGUGCAAGUGCACGCCGCCGGCUCCUACCGCGGCACGGCCAUACCUUGGGCUCUCCCGAGAACGUCCCAGUUGGGUCACUGGAAGCUCUCCGGAGCGCUGGCGUGGUGGGGCCGCCCUCCGGCUGCCCGCUCCUCCCGAUCCCACCGGUCGAGGUGCUUCCACAGCCCCGGGGGAUUUGGACGGAACUCAGUGCCGGGAGAUCGCUUGGCCGGGACAAAAUCUCCAACUAAUCUCCAGAAAGCCUGGAAAGAAGGAGCAGUGAUCAGACUGAACCAAAAAUGAUAGCUGCAGGAAAAUUUUCAAGUCUUCCCAGAAAUGGCCCAGUGAACCACCAGUUCUCAUUAGCUUCUUCCAUGGACCUGUUGACCACUAAACCUUCACCAACUGACCAACGCUCAAACUCCCUUCAAGACAUCUCUAUCCAUGGUACUCUCCCCAGGAAGAAGAAGGGGACAAUUCCCAUUAGGUCUUGUGAUAUGUUUAGCCACAUGGGAACAUUGCCAUACACCAGAACGCACCGGCAGCAGCCACCUUUUGUACAGGAUGUUAUAGAAGAGUAUCCUCUGCAAAACGGGAAGAGCAACAAACUCCAUGCCAGAGAUCAGAAUAUUCUGGAUCCUACUUUGGAGUAUGUUAAGUUUUCUAGGGAGAGGCAAGUUAUGAACAACAGCCCAGAAAAACUGAAGAAGGAGUUAGAGGAAGAACUGCAGCUGAGUAGUGAAGACUUGCGUAGCCAUGCCUGGUACCAUGGACGUAUUCCUCGGCAGGUGGCAGAAGGCCUAAUUCAGAGAGAUGGAGAUUUUCUGAUUAGAGAUUCUCUCUCCAGUCCUGGGAACUUUGUUCUUACCUGUCAGUGGAAAAAUACCUCCCAGCAUUUUAAAAUCAUCAGAACAGUUCUAAGAUUCAGUGAAGCCUACUGCCGUGUCCAGUAUCAAUUUGAACUUGACAGUUUCGACAGUAUUCCUGGCUUAGUUAGAUACUAUGUUGGGAAUCGCACACCAAUAUCAAAGCAGAGCGGAGCAAUUAUUUUUCAGCCUGUCAACAGGACUGUGCCUCUCAGGUGUCUGGAAGAAAAGUAUGGUGUAACUACAGUCGGACAAAAAGAGCCAAGUAUCCCUGAAGGAAAAACAGGAACUGCAAAAAGGCUGAGUCUUGGUAUAUCCAGCAUGCAGUCUCCGGAGCAGAGCAUACCCAGAGGAAAUCUUUUGAGAAACAAAGAAAAAAGUGGUAGCCAGCCAGCUAGUUUGGACCAUGUUCUGGAGAAAAGAUUCCCUCUAAAGACUCAUCAGUCAGAGAGCCAUCUGCUAAUAGGUUCAAGACACCCAUCUCGGCUACCUGAAGCAGAUGCAGACUCCUGUCCAAGCUCUCCUGCAUAUAGAACAGGCAGUGAACCUUCUCUGAGCCCCACAGUUGUUCAGAAAGUCAUCUCUGAGUCACAAGUAGGGGAAGCUCUUAGAGGAUCAGACAGUCAGCUCUGUCCAAAGCCACCACCUAAACCCAGCAAAGCACCCCUGAUGAAGCCCCCAGAUUCUCCUUUGGCUUCCCAUAGUUCAGAAGGAAACUAUUGUGAACUAAGCCCUGCCAGAGCUCUUGAAGCAACAAAACAACAUUUAUGUCAGAAAAACAGCUAUGUGGAACAUUUGACAAGAAAGGAGAAGGGACCACACUCAUUCAGGUACUCUGAAACAAACUAUUUGAUCCUGGAAGAUGACUCUACAAUGAGCUCUGAAGAUCCUUUAGAAGCUUCAACUGAGGUGGCUGAAGAAGACAGCAUCUUUUCUGCACCUGUAUUUGAGACAGUGUCUAGUUUUAAACCAAAUGAUUUUGAAUUCAAACUACUUCCUUCUGAAAACAAGCCACUGGAAACAUCAAUGUUAAAAAGAGUUAAGGAGCUUUUCACUAACAACAACCCGAAGUUUAUUGCUCAGCAUAUUCUUAGAAUGGACUGCAAGGUGGCGAGGAUAUUAGAUGUUUCUGAAGAGAUGAGGAGGAUGAUGGGAGUGAACUCUGGUCUUGAACUGAUCACCUUGCCUUACGGACAUCAAUUGCGCCUUGACCUAAUUGAAAGGCACAAUACCAUGGCUAUAGGAAUAGCUGUGGAUAUCUUGGGUUGCACAGGAAAUCUGGAAGACAGAGCAGCAACAUUGAACAGGAUCAUCCAAGUUGCAGUGGAGCUGAAGGACUCACUGGGGGAUUUGUAUGCAUUUUCUGCCAUUAUGAAAGCACUGGAAAUGCCACAGGUCUCUAGGCUAGAACAAACCUGGACCUCUCUAAGACAUCAUUAUACCCAGACUGCCAUUAUGUAUGAAAAACAGCUGAAGCCAUUUAGCAAAGCUUUGCAUGAAGGACAAGAUGAGUGGAAUAAGACCAUCAGAGCUCCACAGAACAUAACAGUGCCACUGCUCAUGCCUCUCAUUACCUUGAUGGAGCGACAGGCUGUUGUCUUUGAAGGCUUGGACCUGUGGGAAAGCAGUGACCAAAGCUGCGAAAUAAUGCUCAGGCACUUGGCCACAGCUCGUCAGAUAGCACAGAAGGCAGAAAUGUACAGCCUGACUGCGGAAUGGAUGCUGGAAGGUUUCCAGCCAGAUGAAGAGAUGAGCGAAAUCUUCAGGACAGAAUUUCAAAUGAGAUUGCUCUGGGGCAGCAAAGGAGCGCAAGUUAAUCAAAGCGAAAGAUACGAGAAAUUCAGUCAGAUUUUAACUGCACUUUCCCGAAAACUGGAACCUCCUCCAGUGAAGCAGGUGGAACAAUUAAGUAUAUAAGACAUGAUAAACACUAAAUUAUAUACUUAAAAUAACCUUAGCUCUCUUUUGGCAACUUGAUACUGCACACACUUGUUGCAUUUCACAAGAUGUUUAGAACUUUUAACUGCACAAUGCACACUUGUUUUAAAACUACUGAUUUCUAAAGUUAUUUAUUUACUGUGUCAUCAAGUGAUUUAAUGAUCCCUUUGAACAGUUAGGGUUAUCCCUGUAAGAUAAGUCUUACAGCUUUCUGUAUGUCCUCAGAGUUGCAAUAUUUUGAUAAUGCCUAGGGGCACUGGUAUCUUAAUAUUACAGUGAAACAAAUAGUGUAAAUAAAAUUAUGGAUUAAGUGA